GGUGGGGGUGUAUGCAUCCAAUCAGCAAAUAUUUAUGGCGUGUCUGCUGCGUGUGCCAGGUACUGAGCUGAACCCUGGGAUGUCCCAGGGGAUGAUAAAGACAAAACUCCCUGCCCUCUUCUGGGAGGACAGAUAAAGAGGGACACAUGGACAUUUCAGGUGGCGGUAAGAUGUUAGCGGGAGCUGUGGUAAGGAAGGUGUAUUUUCAAUGAGUUCAGAGUGGGUGGUCACAGGUGGCUUCUGUGAGGAACGGACCUCUGAGCCAAGCCUGGAAUGGAAAAAGGACGUCAUUUACACAGACAUGGGUGGGGGGGGGGUGGGGGGAGCAUUCCAGGCAGAGAGAACAGUAAGUGCAAAGGCCCUGGGGCAGCAAAAAGCUUGGCAUGUUCCUGGAGCAAUGAGGAGGCCAGAUGGCUGGUAUAGGGUGAGUGAGGGGGAGAACGUUAAGAGAUGAGGAUGGAGAGGUAGUGAUGGUCAGAUUAUAAAAGGCCUUAGAGGCUGAGGCUACGAGGUGGUGUUUGUUUACAAUAGUUGGGAGUCCGUGGAGAGGAUUAAGCAGGGUGUUGUCAGAAUCUGAUUUUUUUCUUCAAAGGAGCUCUCUGGCUUCUCCGGGGAGAGUGGAUUGAGAGGAGUGAGGGUGGCAGUGGGGAGACCCGUCGGGGGGCCUCUGCAGCUCUCUAGACCUGGAAGCGGAUUUACCGGUGAUUCUGUUUUUGCCCAGUUUUAUGGGGAUAGAACUGACAUCUGGCACUGCCCAAGUUGAAGGCCUGUGGCAUAAGGAGCCUGUGAGACGAUGACCUGCCGUGACGUGUGUGGCCUGAACGUCUCUGACCGCUGUGACUUCAUCAGGACCAACCCUGACUGCCGCAGCGAGGGGGGCUACAUCAACUACCUAGAGGAGCUCUUCUGCCGCUUCCCGCCCAGCCUCCUCCCUCUGGCCAUCACCCUCGAUGCUUUUUGGCUGCUUUACCUGUUUCUGAUUCUGGGAGUCACUGCGGCAAAGUUCUUCUGCCCUAACUUGUCGGCCAUUUCCACCUUGCUCAAGCUUUCUCACAACGUGGCAGGCGUCACCUUCCUGGCAUUUGGGAACGGGGCUCCUGAUAUCUUCAGCGCCCUGGUGGCUUUCUCGGACCCACGCACAGCCGGCCUGGCCCUUGGGGCUCUGUUCGGUGCCGGUGUGCUGGUGACGACUGUGGUGGCAGGUGGCAUCGCCAUCCUGCGCCCCUUCACAGCCGCCUCCAGGCCCUUCCUCAGAGACAUUGUUUUCUACAUGGUGGCCGUGUUCCUGACCUUCACCGCACUCUACCUCGGCAGGGUCACACUGGCCUGGGCCCUUGGUUACCUCGGCUUGUACGUGUUCUACGUGGUCACCGUGGUCGUCUGCACCUGGAUCUACCGCUGGCAGCGGAGGAGGUCCUUGGUGUAUUCCAUGCCAGCUACCCCAGAAAUGCUCUCAGACUGUGAGGCGGAACCGGUGUCUUCCAACAGCUAUGACUACGGUGAAGAGUACCGGCCGCUUCUCUUCUACCAGGAGACCACGGCUCAGAUCCUGGUCCAGGCCCUCAACCCCUUGGAUUAUAGGAAGUGGAGGAACAAGUCCGCCUCCUGGAGAGCCCUCAAGGUGUUCAAGCUGCCCGUGGAGUUCCUGCUGCUGCUCACCGUCCCCGUCGUGGACCCCGACAAGGAGGAUGGCAACUGGAAACGGCCCCUCAACUGCCUGCACCUGGUCAUCAGCCCGCUGGUCUUGGCCCUGACCUUGCAGUCGGGGGUCUAUGGCUUCUACGAGAUCGGCGGCCUGCUUCCUGUCUGGGCCGUGGUGGUGAUUGCGGGCACGGCCCUGGCUGCGGUGACAUUUUUUGCCACAUCCAACAGUGAGCCUCCCAGGUUUCACUGGCUCUUUGCUUUCCUGGGCUUCCUGACCAGUGCCCUGUGGAUCAACGCAGCCGCCACGGAGGUGGUGAACAUCUUGCGGUCUCUGGGCGUGGUCUUCCGGCUGAGCAACACUGUCCUGGGGCUCACGCUGCUGGCCUGGGGGAACAGCAUUGGAGAUGCCUUCUCAGAUUUCACGCUGGCGCGCCAGGGCUACCCGCGGAUGGCCUUCUCCGCCUGUUUCGGCGGCAUCAUCUUGAAUAUCCUGGUGGGAGUGGGGCUGGGCUGCUUACUGCAGAUUUCCAGGAGCCACACGGAGGUGAAGCUGGAGCCGGACGGAUUGCUGGUGUGGGUCUUGGCAGGUGCCCUGGGCCUCAGCCUCGUCUGCUCCCUGGUCUCGGUCCCCCUGCAGUGCUUCCAGCUGGACAAAGUCUACGGCCUCUGCCUGCUCCUCUUCUACGUCAGCUUCCUCGUGGUGGCCCUGCUCACCGAAUUCGGGGUGAUUCGCCUGAAAAGCGUGUGAGUGGCACCACGUGGCCGGGGCCGCCUGCUGGCCGGGAGGUGUCACUGCAGGCAGCGAGAUGGAAGUCGGGCCUGGGCGGCUGGACUGGGGUGGCUCCUCGGCCGGCCGCCACCCUGCGCAGGGAGACCAGCUAAGCCUUGUCUCUGGGACCGGAGCUUCACUGCAGACAGAGUUACAGACAGAAGGCAGACAUUCUUGGAUCGUCUGUGGAGCAGCCCGGAGGCCGGGUCAGGGGUGAAGGGGAUGACGGAGUGCCUUCCAAGCUGGCCCCGGAAGACCACCCGAGUGCUGGGGGCCUGGACCCACGCCCUGCCGCCUUCCUGCAUCUUCUCAGGACUCACUCAAACUGCCGCCGAAGCCGGGCUCAGCCAGGGUGACUCCAAGGACGGGCGGGCGGACACCAUGGGCCUCAGGCUACCCGUGGCUGAGUUCUCGAUCGGCACCGCCCCCCAGAAAGAGGAUGUGAGACACCUGCCUGAUUUGGGAAUUUCUAGUUGCCACACAAAUGAAAGCCCAAAGGAACAGGGAAGUGAGUGGAACCGUUCGUAUCGCUCCCUGGCUCCAUACUGUCGGCAGCACCUCUGUCCCCUGAGGCUUGGGUUCCCUCAGCUGUGAAACAGGAGUCCUUUUGACUGUGCCCUGUGCCUACCUCAGGGGGAGCCCUGGGCUGUGGGGUCACAAGGCCCGAGAGCUCCAGGGAGGACACGCCGAGUGCUCCACAGUGCCUUCUCGCCGUCCCGCCACCGCCCGGACUUUCCAGGGAGCACCUUUGUUGUUUGCCCGACUGCCUUGGGCCGGCAGCGGCAAAGGGAUACAACUGUCUUUUUUUCCAGUGAAAAAGUUACUAAAUAUUUCAAGUGUGCAGAAAAGAACA